GUGGCGCUAAAGCAUUACAUGUUACAAGGCGUGCUGUAACUUAAACGUUACAACAUCAAAUCAAAGUCAAUUUUUUCUGUGAAGUCAUGACCAAAAAGGAGGAAACUCCACUGGAGUUGGAAUCUGUGGUGGAAAGUGCGCUGAAAGCUGUUGAUCCUGCGGAGUCCGAUGAUCCGGGACUCAACGAAGCUAAGAAACCUGGUCUAGGGAAGCGACUUGGGAAGUUGGUCGGGCAACGUGCCACGGAUGUGUCUCUGCUGACGGCAAACUCGAACCAGCUUCGACUGAUGAUGCACUACAACAAGCAUUCCAGCACCUACAUGAUCUGCAUCAGUUUGAUAAUCAUUUCGUUGAUUGUGCAGAAGUUGGUUGCCGCGGGUUCUUUGGCCGUUAAGAGCCGUCCAAAAAACAAGCGGAAUGUGCACCUGAAGCGAGUUAAGGUUGCAACCUCGAUUGGCGCCGCUAUCAUAACCGGAAUCAACCUUCUGAUAGCAUCUUUAGUGUCAACCGGGAGCAAAAACGCAUCCAGUAAGAACGAAACAAUUGCUGAGCAGAAAAUGGAUAAUUUGCUAAAUAUGUUGACAUGAUACGAUCACUCUUGUUUCCUACAUGUAGUAGAACAUUUUUGUCUGAAAUAAAUAGAUUUUUUUCGUUAAA